ACUAGUUUCGCCUCCUACCAUAGCGCAAACGGCGCAAGUGCUAGCUAGUGUGGAGCCGUUUGCGUUGUGCGGGUGCGUUACUUUAAUCGCAGUUCUGCCCGUAAUCGGCUUCCGGUAGCUAGACGGAGUCGCCAUGGGAGAGCAGGGCCCCCUGUGCGUGAAUGUACACGCCACGAAUGCCACCACAGAAAACCUGAGUCGCCAUGACAUGCUAAACUGGGUCAACGACUGCCUCCGCACAAACUACACCAAGAUUGAGGAACUCUGUUCAGGAGCUGCCUACUGUCAGUUUAUGGACAUGCUCUUUCCCGGCUGCGUGACCUUGAAAAAAGUGAAAUUCAAGACAAAUCUUGAACACGAGUACAUCCAGAAUUUCAAGCUGCUCCAGGCUUCGUUCAAGAAAGUGGGAGUCGACAAGAACAUCCCAGUAGACAGAUUGAUCAAGGGGCGUUUUCAGGACAACUUCGAGUUUGUCCAGUGGUUCAAGAAGUUCUUCGACGCGAACUACGAUGGCCGUCCCUAUGACCCUGUCGAGGCGAGAGGCAACUCGUCUGUCAUUGGCAGCGGCGCAGCGUCGGGCACCACGUCUCGUAUUGCGAACAACCACAAGGUCGCCGCUUCACGGCCAGUGCACGCCACCAAGCCGAUGACGCGCAACACCCCGGUGUCGAAGCCCAUUGGAGCGGCGACGCGAAUAACCGGAAGCACGGGGGCCGGCGACUCUCACAGGAUUGAGGAGCUCACAAACCAGGUCGCAGAGCUGAAGUCUACAGUCGACGGCUUGGAAAAAGAGAGGGAUUUCUAUUACGGCAAGCUGCGAGACAUUGAGGUCCUGUGUCAGGAUUGUGAUCAGAAGCAUGGGAAGUCCCAAGUCGUCGACCAGAUCCUCGAGAUUCUCUAUGCCACUGAGGAAGGCUUCUCGGUGCCCGAGGACUACGUCGAAGACGGCGGACCUGUGGCCGGGGGUGAAGAGGAGGAAUACUAAUCGCAUUCUCAUCCGCCUUUCGUUUGGGACCUUUUGCAAAAGACAGCUUAUCGUUUUGGCUUUCGGUCCUGUCAAGGACGACACACCCGAUUGGAUGCUGCCGGAGAAAAACUGUUACAAGUGCGUUUUUGGUUGAGACCAAAUUGUCGGCUCCACCCCAGAGCACCUCUCCUCCCCGAGCCUUCAGUUUCUUCGCUUCUGUGUCGUGCUGCUUUGAUGUUUUUCUUUUUUUUUAACUUACUGUGUCUGUAAAAAUCGGGUGUGGGAGACCCAUGCUAACUGUCCAGACACUGUUUACCCCGAGGCAUUGGAAUACCGCUAGCCGAAGCAAUACAUUGUGGACUUGCGGCUUCACUAUGCCCUUGCCCCCCUUAUUCCUCGGGUUUCUUUCGUUCCCAAGGGUAGGAACUUCAUGUCUCGUUUUAACGAAGUUUUAGCUUCUCUGUAGCCUUCUUUUUUUGAUGUUGCUUACGUGUUCUUCUAUUUUCGAGAUUGUUUUAUGAUCUCAUGUGCGCAGCCCACAUGAUAAGCAUACAUGUGUAAAUGUUGUGCAAGGUUUAUUCGAGGAGUAGUGGUUUUUUUUACAUGCACACUUCUCUUUUUUUUACUUCCGCAACACAGUGUUGAGUUUAAUAUUUAUAGCCGUGGUUGGUUUGAAUGGCAGAUGGGGGGGGCUAAAUUUGAGUGUGCCCUCUCCUUUACGUUCCCUUCCUUCCGGAAAGAUGCGGUGUUCGCGAAGUGGAGAAUGGAAGAGUACACAAGUGGCCGAGCGUUCCCUCGGCCGCUCAGUGUACUGGCGGUGUUACCCUGGUAACCAGUUCUAGGUCACGCAGUCUUUUGCCCCUCCGACCUUACUGUUAUAAGCAUUCAGUAGUGUUCCCACUGGAAGCUAAGACUACCGCUCGAAGACUGCGCUAAUACUGAACAAUAUCGUCAAUGCAAUCAGUGCCUGUUUCUUGCGGGGCCACCAGCAACCCGAUUGAAUUGUUGCGUACGAGACUGUAGUACGCGGCUUCUGUAGUUUUAUCGCUCUAUCAGCUAGAGCCUAUAGAGUCUAAAUUAGAUGGCAAGAAGUGCUCAGUAGGUCAACGUGGCCGAUUGCUUCACGCACCUCUUGAGAGGAAUCCAGUGCAUUUUUUCGAGAACAAGGAAUUGCCAAAUCGCGACUCUGUACAGACGUUAGGUGUUCACCCGAUAUAAACGGCAUACACUAGUUCAGUAUUAGCGCAGCAGCUUUUUGUCCUUGCUAUCUGUGCAGUUGGUUUGAAAGCUUUACGGUUUUUCUCCUGUUUAAAAACCCGGAUGCACCUCUGUAAAUACGGACUAGUAGGCCUGUUGGUGUUUUUAUCACUGUGCAACUGUUUUAGAAAAACUAUUUGUGCAGCCAAGGGCUCCUCUUUUCACGUUGUUUCUUUAUGACAGUUUUCUUUUGCUUUGUGGCUAUUUUUUUAGACUAAUGCAAGGUCAACGACACUGCUGUGCUUUGUCGCGAGUUUAUUUCGAUUUCUUCGCGUCAAUAUCAAAAUUAUGCAAUGCGAAGAGCCUCGCUGUUUCAAAAUGAUAUUGGUGAUCAUUUACGGUGCGAAGUUGUCAAUAAAAAUGUUCGAUCCUGUAUUUCGCUUUUCUUUUUCUUUUUGAUAGCCUUUCACUGUGAGCAUUAGCAACCCUGUUUGCCAGCAAAUUUGACAUGUUAUAAGCCUUUUCGGUGGAAAAAUAAAGUUGAAAUGCUAUUCUUUACUGUA